CCAGCAGCUGCUCACACUGAGAUCUUUGUCACAAACUGUUGGAUUUCCUGCAGAAAGAUGGAGACACUGCUCGCACUCUGGAUCGCUCUCAGCAUCGCCGCCUCAGUGUCUUCUCACGAGUUCCAUGACCCAACAACCACCUCACCAUCAUUUAACAGCAGUGAUGACAUUUUUGGCAACACCACUGACCUCACAUCAACAUCACCUGCACCUGCCACAGCCACCCCAUCUGAUCCCGACCUCAUCAUGUUCAACACCACCUGUAACCACACAGAGGAAGCUUACGUCGACAUGCACGACAUGGAUGACAUGGAUGACAUGGAUGACAUGCACGACAUGCACAACAUGCACGACAUGGAUGACAUGGAUGACAUGCACGACAUGCAUGAGGAGCACGACAUGCACGACAUGCACGAGAUGCACGACAUGCAUGAUGAAAACGCUUCAGAAAACUCCGCCAGUGAAACAAUCUCAAUACAAAACAUAACAACAAUCCACUAUAGCGUGAUAAGAACUUUUCCAAACGGCACUGAACACAUAACAAACAGAACCACUGUCAUCUGGUUGACGCCAGACGCCAUAAACAAUGAAACGGUUUUCCUCGGCAACAACGCUCCCAUACACUCUUCUUCUUCAUUGUCAUCUGCCAUGAAAAACACAUACAACACCGCAAACCAUGAAACAGUUUCCUCCAACAACAACGUUCACGUCGACUCUUCAUCUUUAUCCAGCACAUCAAACACCGAAUACAUCGCAAACCACUAAAUAUUUUCCUUCAGCAACAACACUCACGUCC